AGUCCCCCAGCCGCGAUCGGCGGGCGGGCGCGGGGCCAUGUGGAGCCUGGCGGCCGGGGCGCGCCGGGCCCUGCACGUCUCUGCCGCCCUGUGCGGCUCCAGGAACCUGCUCAAGAAAUUGGUCUUCAAAACCAAGAAGAAGUUUUGGUAUGACAGCCCUGGGCUGGGGUCUCAUCAGGUGUAUAAGCCAUCGGGCUUGGCCCCUGUACUAAAAGCUUCUCAGCAAAGAACUAGGAAAGAAGACAGUAUACGCACAAGGGUACUGAAUAUAGUCUUGUACAAAGCUAUCACAGACAUGAUGAGCACCUGUGAAGUCAGUCAGGAACUCUAUGAUCUCAAGCUGGAAAUUUCCAAGGUAUCCCUGUUAUCAGACUUUUCAGUAUGUCGUGUGUACUGGAAUCCUACUACAGUAGGUGACAGCAAGCAUGUGGAAAGUAUUCUACAGAAAAGUGCUCUACGUAUAAGGUAUCUUUUGCUAGCCCGUCAGGUUCUGGGAAAUGUGCCUCCAAUAGUAUUUGUUAAAGACAAAGCAGCUGUAGCCAUGAGAGAGAUUGAUGAGUUACUGGCAGUUGCUGAUUUUGGAUCUGAAAAAGAAAAUUUGUCUCAAAAUGACUUCAGUGAAUCAGAGACUUCAGUGACUACAUCGUCCUCUGAUACGUCAGCUUCAUCUCUCCAGUCAAAUCUUUUUGGUGUUGAUCAUGAAGUCCUGAAUAAACAAAUAAUGGAAUACAAAAAAAUGAAAAAAGUGAAACAUGUAGAAGGCAUUGGAUGGGCAGAACAGCAGCAGAAGCAGUUGGCUGUAGUGCAAAAACAGAUGAGAAUGAAAAAGAAGAAAACAAAGGGUUCUUUUCAGAAUGAUCUUACACCUCAGGAAUACUUAUUGAACAAGCACAAGACAGACUAUUUGGAUGAUGAAACUGUAUCCUUCUCAGAGAAUGAAUCGGAAGAUGAAUUAGGGAUGGAGGUAAAUGAAUUUAAGGCAGAUGAUGACAUAAACCAAAACCCAUCCACUACAAAACUGACAAAACUGAAGUGAAAUUAUAAGCCGUACAUUUCUCAAUAAAAAUAGCAGAUAAAAAAGUCGGCUAGAAUAUAUGCUGAAGCAUUAGCUGUGUAACUCCACUUGAUUUUCCUCUUCCACCCUCAAAAGGUAUGGUAUGAUAGGGAAGAACUAAUGAAUACAAAGUGUCACAGUAAAAGAGGUUUUAAAAUGCCGUUUUUAAUAAAUAUAACAUAAGUUGAACUUUUUUGAACUAACUAAGAACGUUAUGGUUGUGCUGAGGGUUGCAAGUAAAGUUCCUUAUCCUGCUAUCGGAGAAUAGACAAAGCAACUUUAUUGUGAGCUAAAACAUAUUGAUUGCCUCCUAGGAAGUUAAUUUCCUUUGCCUUAAUAUAAGUGCAAUGAUCUGUCAAAGAGAAGGAUUUCAAAGGACGUGAUUAUGUUACUUUAGAACCCUAGCAAGCUAUUAAUCUGCAAAUUUGGAAUCUGCUUCUUGAAGACUUAUGUACAUCUUGGUGUUGUGCUCUUACAUUACUAAGACUUCUUUAAACUGUACACAUAUAUAUUCACCUUUUGAACUAUUUCAUUUGAACUGUAAACAUUAACAAAUUCAUGAAGUAAGACAUGGUUUCCAUGAAGCUUGGAAAGAUGUAGGCUUUUUAAGCUUGUCUUUGGAGGAGAGUAUAAGUAAACGAGGCACAGAAUGAAUGGAUGCAGUUUUUUUUUAUCUUUCCUCCUGUUCUACAUUUAUUUAGUACAUAUGUAGCUCUUGUUUUUUAUUAUGAGCAGAGUUGGACACUAAACAGAUUGCAGUUUGCAGAAUUCCUGAAAGCAGCUGAUAUUUUAAUCUUCAAUUAGCGAGUAGUUUCUCUAGUAACCCUUCCUCCCUAUGGCCUUAGGAAAAACAAAACAAAAAAGAAAGGGGGUGCGGGGGGAAGUGUGCCUUUAUGCAAUGGCUAACAUGGGUUCCUUGGUCCAGAUAAACUUGAAGUCUUCCAAGGAUUUACCUUAACCACCUAAUAUAUUAAAACCUAGAGCUUUUCUUGACUAUUAAGCUUUUAAGACACAAGAUGCACUUGUUUCUAGUGCAGCCAUGGCCUCUAUGUCUAAUUCUUCUCCAAACACAUUAAAAUCAUUUAAGAUAUGUGAUGGCUUAACUGUCAUUCAGCCUCUUCAUUAGGGGAAAAAUUGUGUUUUAACUUUACUAUUCCAACUGUCUUUGUAUUUGUAUGCUGCCCUCCCCCAAACAGGACUUUGAGGAAAAAUCCUAGCAAACACUAGUUUCAGUCACUACGAGCCUUGCAGAGGCCAAAAGACUAGAGUCUAUCCAGUGGUUUUGUAUCGUUCUCCCUCUCUAUCCAUUUUGCACCACAAGGGGAAACAAGUCCUGAAUGGUAAAUAAGGGUUUGCUUAUUUAUUGUCAGCUUACUGACAGCAAAUGAUUCUCCUCAAUUAACUUGAUACCCAGUUGGAUACAUUUGCAGAACCAGCCAUCUCCUUUCCCUCUCUAAUAUAGAUUGUAUAAGUUUACUUAUUUUACCUUUUCUUCCUACAACACAGUUUUGAUGCAUUAGCAAUCAGAUAUGAACAAGUAAGGAAGGUCCAGUUACAUAUUAGACAUAACUUGGGAUGUGUCUACUAUCUGUUCAUAUAUUCUGUGGUAGGUAAGUUUAAACUCUUUCCUAACCAUAGCCACCAGUAAAUUACUCUUCUUGUGUUCUUUUAUGUGGGUUAAGUUGAUCUUGACUUGCCUUUUUCAUUUUUUAAGCAACUAAAGAGAAACAUCUAAAUAGGACAAAGCCUCGUGUUCAUAUGAGACUUUGAAAGAGUAGGCUAAAGAAUAUGUAGGUAAAUUGAAUGUAUUUGAAUUUGCAGGACCUAAUAAAAUUCAUCCUGCUGUGCUUAAAGAACAAUUUGAAGCAAUCUCUGAAAUGUUAGCUAUUAUAAUUUUCUUAACACAAGGAACAUCAGAACUCAGGGAGGAUAGGUAUGGUCCCAAGAGGAUGGGAGACAGACAAACAUAAUACUUAUCUUUAAAAAUAGAACCUUUCUAAGUACAAACCAUUCAGCCUAGCUUUAAUCCUCAGAUAGAUUUUUUUUUUAUUUGUGAAUGUUAAAAAUCAUAGUUAUUUGCCUGACUUUGUAGAAUUGGAAGAGAAUAUAGGACCCCAUGCAUGGUAGAUGGGUACACACAUAGAUUUCAUUCACAUACACAAGCUUCUAGACCAGGGAUUCCCAACAUUUAUGUGCCCAAGGGCACAUUUAAAUUUUGAAAGAAAAAGCAGUGGGUGCCAUUAUGAAUAUUAAAGUAUUUAGAUCAAUAGAUAUUAAAGUAUUUAGAUCAAUCCGAUCAAUCCUACACGGACACCUGAAUAAACCUCAGGGGGCACGAUGGUGCCCGUGGGCACCACUUUGGGAACCGCUGUUCUAGACCAUGCAGUUAGUCAUGUGGCCUGUGUUUGCCUGGGGCAUAGGGGGUUAAGAAAUUUCAUUAUAGGAAAACGUGCAAGACCCUUCAUAUGGUAACCACACCAGUACAGAUCUGCAAGGUGGCAAGAUGUUGUUAGAGAAUGGUUUUAGCAUGUGGUGCAAUUGUUGGGGUGGGGAAGUCAAAGGCAUAAAAAGGCUUUGUUGGUUAAUGGUAUGGGUAAGAGGGGUUCCGUCUGUGCUCAGCCUUGCUUUUGGCCAGUGGUCUUGGGUGGCUGUCUUUGUAUUGGCAGCGGCCAAUGCAAGUUGGCCAAUGAUGAAAAUCGAAGAUUUUCCUUUUUAAAGGAGAAAAAAGCAGGAAACCAUGGGUUUCCCUUUGCAGGCUGGCAGAGUUCCAGUCUGCAAGGGGUUGCUUGGGCCUGGGGGGAGUGGGAUGCAGGGGGCCCCAUAUACACGUGCACUUCCAUGCGGCCAAGUUCGCUGAUGACACCAAACUUUGGGGCAAAGCAUCCACACCUGAAGACAGGAGGGCGAUCCAGGCUGACCUGGACAGGCUCAGCAAAUGGGCAGACGAGAACCUGAUGGUGUUUAACACUGAAAAAUGCAAGGUUCUCCACCUUGGGAGGAAAAUCCUUCAGCAUCCUGUAGGCUCAGCAGUGCUACACUGGCUAGCACUACAGAAGAAAGUGACCUGGGGGUCAUCAUUGACCACAAGAUGAACAUGAGCCUUCAAUGUGAUGCUGCGGCUAGUAAAGCAACCAAAAUGCUGGCUUGCAUCCAUAGAUGCUUCUCAAGCAAAUCCCGGGACGUCAUUCUCCCCUUAUACUUGGCCUUGGGGAGGCCGCAGCUGGAGUACUACGUCCAGUUUUGAGCCCGACAAUUCAAAAAGGAUGUGGAGAAGCUUGAGAGAGUCCAGAGAAGAGCCAGACGCAUGAUCAGAGGUCAGGAAAACAGAACUUACGACAUCAGGCUGAGAGCUAUGGGGCUCUUUAGCCUGGAAAAGCACAGGCUCAGGGGUGAUCUGAUGGCCACCUAUAAGUUUUUCAGGGGUGACCACCAGUAUCUGGGGGAACGUUUGUUCACCAGAGCGCCCCAAGGGAGGACGAGGUCGAACGGUUAUAAACUACUGCAAGACUGUUUCAGGCUGGACAUAAGAAUUUCUUUACUGUCUGAGCCCCCAAGGUCUGGAAUAGCCUGCCAUCAGAGGUGGUUCAAGCACCUACAUUGAACAUCUUCAAGAGAAAAUUGGAUCCUUAUCUUGCUGGGAUCCUAUGACCCCAGCUGACUUCCUGCCCCUGGGGCAGGGGGCUGGACUCGAUGAUCUUCCGAGGUCCCUUUCAGCCCUAAUGUCUAUGACACCUAUGAAAUGUAUGUGGCAACCAUGAUGGAGAGCAGCUCCCUCUAGCUAAGUCUGUGGGGACAGGGGGGCCAAGGCAAUGCAGCAGGAGGGCAUGUGCUCCCCGAGACUUCUGUACCCACAGUGGGGCACAGGGCUGCAGCUGAGCCGGGCCAGCUCUGGAGGAACCGCGUUUGUGGCCCAGUGGGUAGGACCCAGCAUGGGAGGGAAUGCAGAAAUCUAAGGGGGGGGGCAUAUGCCCUCUCAGCACGUCACCUUGUCCCCCUCCCCUCGGUCGCUUGUGCCCAUAACUCCCUUCCCCACAUGGUUACUCCCUUCCUUACACAGUGGGGAUCUGGGGUCUGGGGGUGGGGGACUGUGGGUUGGGAAUGAGGGGCAACAGCAUAUCAGGGCUGCUCGGUGCCACAAAGUAGCCUGGGGGGACCGGGGAAAAACACAACAAAAACCUUGUCCUGGUGAGCGAAGGGGACAGGGGAGCUCUGAUUUUUCCGUGAUAAAAAAACCCAACAAAAUCAAAUGCCAAAAUAUAUAGGUGUUUAGAAGUUAUUUUAUAAUAAUGUUUGAGGCGCUGGUAGGCUUCAAAUAAGCUUUAAAACUGGAAAUAUAUCAAUAAAACAUUGUGUUCAAGUGA